AUGACUCUCAAGUACCUAGUCACAGGAGCAACCGGUGGCCUUGGCUCACGGGUACUCUCUCACCUUAUUGCAAAUGUCCCCAGAUCAGAAGUUGCAGCAGCAUCCUCGAAAGAGGCAAACCGCAAACAAUUUGAAGACCGAGGGAUCGCCUUUCGGGUGGUCAACUACGAGGACCCUCAAACGCUGGAAUCCGCAUUCGAAGACGUGGAGAAUCUGCUUUUUGUGAGCACCAAUACCUUCGACGUCGAGAAACGUCGCAACCAACACCAGAGCUUUGUCGAUGCAGCGAAGAAGAUGAAUGUCAAACAUGUGUGGUAUACAUCUCUCGCUUUCGGCGGAUACGGUUCGGAUUCCAAGGCGAAUGUCCAACAAGCCCAUCUAUUGACAGAGGAAAUGAUGAGACAGGCUGAUAUCAACUUCACAUCCAUCCGCGAGGGCUUAUACACCGACGCCUUCCCAGUGUUUAUGGGGUGGUAUCCCAGCACAUCAACCAUCUACCUCCCAUCCGACGGCCCGGUAGCAUUCACCCUGCGAGCAGAGUUAGGUGAAGCCACAGCGCGACUGAUGAUGCGUGGAGGACAUGACAGGGAGAUCGUACUCCUCACUGCGCAACAAACCAUCACGUUCUCUGGCAUUGUGGAUGUGAUCAACGAGACAACCGGGCGACAGGUUCAGUUCAAGCUUGUUUCUCCGGAGGAAUUCGUCACGUUAAAAGCAGCAACUGACGAGGGAGGAAAGUCGGAAGGGUUCUUCCAAGCCUUGACGUCUUGGUAUGAUGCGAUUUCGAAGGGGGAGACGAGCACAAUCGAUCCUCUUAUGGCGGACUUGUUAGGACGGGAUCCCGUGUCGCCGCGGGAUGCCAUUCGGGAUCUGCUGACGAGGGAUCGGGACUAUGAGUGGCAUCAGAACUAUGUCAAUCGGGUAGCAGUCGGAAGUGUUGUCGGCAGUGGACAAUUCCCUUCGAGGAACGACGCCGUGUCCGCCCGACGCUUGCAAUUACCCUAG